AUGAAUUCCUUCUUUGGAGAUGAUACGCAAGAAGAAGAAAAACUUCUUCAAGAAAUUAUAAAAGAAAAAAGCGAUGAAAUUCCAUAUAUUAUUAAAGAAAUAACAUGUUCUGAGUUAAGUCCAAAUGGGAAAAAACAUAUGGGAGCAGGGAUAAAAACAUCUUUAAAGGAUGAAUGUGCAGUAAAAAAUGAACAAGGGGAUGCAGAGAAUAAUAGUAAAAAUAUAAACAAUUGUGCAGAAUUUAAUAACCCAAACAAAUCAUAUGAUAAUAAUACUAAUUUUGGAAAUGAAAAAAAUGAAAUAAGAUAUAAUAAUGAAUACAUAUUAAACGUUAAACUAAAUACAAACAUUUUCCCAUUUCAUAUAAAAAAAAAUGGAAAAAUAAAUUCAGAUAUAUUUUUUAUACCAUAUAUAAGUGAAGAUAAUAAAGAUGUCAUAACAAAAUAUACAUAUAAUUAUGACUAUUAUGAUAUAUAUCCACAAAAUGUUGAGCUAACUAAUAAAAAUUUUCAUGCAAAUAAAAGAAAAGAUAUCGAUUCGUCAAGACAUGGCAAUUUGGUAAAAUGCAAAAAGGAACAUAUAGAUAAAGAUGAAAAUGAAAAUGAAAAAAGUAAUUUUCAAAAAUUUUUAGUGCAUUUUAGAGGACGAUUGUUUAUUGGAAGUAAUAUAAAUUAUUCUUUUUUUAAUAUCCAAACAUUUUUAGCAACUUUAAGCAAUGAUGACCAUACAACUAGCGAAACACAAAAUAAACUAUGCUAUGUUAAUAAAAAAAUAAAAACUUAUAACCAUAUACCUAAUGCUACUUAUUGGAAACAAGAUGAAUAUCCCGAUAUAUUUGAUUCAAAUAUACAAAAACUUCAAAUGUUUUUUAUUUCACAAUCGAUAGUUAAUUAUGACAAAGAAUCCCAACUUAAGGCACAUGAGGGUGAACUCAUAUUUUAA